UUGUGAAAGUGUCAUCUGCAAUAGAAUGAACUGAUUUCCCGCCCGGAAAUCGUAUUGUUUGUACUGAUCGUCAGUUACUCGGUUGCAGCGGUACAGUCCCAAAUUGUCCGGUGCAGUAGAACGGAAAAGUGUAAAAAAUACCCAAAGUGAAUCUUGUCACUACCCGGAACCGCAACCCGUUCCAGGAUGGCGCACCAUCAAGGGCAGGAGGUUGGCGUACAAGACUUUGUCCUGCUGGACUCAGUCACGAAGGAGAACUUUAUGGACAACCUGCAACGAAGGUUUCAGGCUGGUAAAAUCUACACCUACAUCGGCGAAGUAUGCAUUUCGAUGAAUCCGUACCGCGAGAUGAACAUCUAUGGUCCGGAGUACGUGAGCCGCUACAAAGGGCGGGAGUUGUUCGAGAAUGCGCCACACAUCUUCGCUAUCGCGGAUGCUGCUUAUCGUGUGCUGAAGCAGCGCAACAGCGAUACGUGCAUCAUGAUUUCCGGCGAGUCCGGGGCCGGCAAGACGGAAGCUUCAAAGAUCAUCAUGAAAUACAUCGCAGCCGUAACGAACCAAGGCAAACAGGGCGAGAUAGAGCGAGUCAAGAAUGUGCUCAUCAAAAGCAACGCUAUUCUGGAAUGUUUCGGCAACGCGAAAACGAAUCGCAACGACAACAGCAGUCGCUUCGGCAAGUACAUGGACAUCGAGUUCGAUUACAAAGGCGAUCCGGUUGGCGGCAUCAUCACGAACUAUUUGCUAGAGAAAUCGCGUGUUAUCCAGCAACAGAGCGGCGAACGGAAUUUCCAUUGUUUUUACCAGUUGCUUCGUGGUGGUAGCAAUGGCGAGUUGCAGCAGUUUGGUUUAUCGCGCGACCCGGCAUCGUAUCAUUACACCAACCAAGGCAGCACGGAAACGUUAUCGGAGAAAUCGGACUACCGAGCCACCACCGGCGGACUGCAGGCACUUGGAUUCAGUAGCGAGGAGAUCUCUAUGGUGUGGCGCACGGUGGCAGCUAUUUUGCACUUGGGAAACAUCAACUUCCAAUUGCAAAACGAUCAGCUAGAGGUGGCCAAUGGCCAAACGCUGAACAACGUGGCUCGGCUACUGCAGGUGACUGUCGAGGAAAUGCGUACCUCGCUGACGGAACGUGUCAUUGCGGCGAGGGGAGAAAUCAUGACGAAAGCCCACGACACGGUGCAGGCAGAGUUCGGGCGGGAUGCGUUGGCGAAGGCGGUCUACGAUCGGAUGUUUAGCUGGAUCAUUCAGCGCAUCAACAAGGCUAUCCUGGUGCCCGGGAGCAACACUCACAAGCGCUACAACCGGGUUAUCGGCGUGCUGGACAUCUACGGGUUUGAGAUUUUCGAUCGGAACAGCUUCGAGCAGUUUUGCAUUAACUAUUGCAACGAAAAGCUACAGCAACUGUUUAUCGAACUGGUACUCAAGCAGGAGCAGGAAGAAUACAACCGAGAGGGAAUCGAGUGGACGAACAUCGAGUACUUUAACAAUCAGAUUAUUUGCGCACUGGUGGAGCAACCGGACAAGGGCGUAAUAGCGAUCAUGAACGAAGCGUGCCUCAAUGUGGGUAAAAUUACCGACGAAAUGCUGUUGGAGGACAUGGACAAAAAGUUGUCGCAUCAUCCACACUACACCAGCCGGCAGCUGAAGCCGAUGGAUAAGGAACUGCGGCACCGUGAGGAUUUCCGUAUCACACACUACGCAGGGGACGUGAUCUACUCGAUCGGUGGAUUCAUCGAGAAGAACCGCGAUACACUGUUCCAGGACUUUAAGCGCUUGCUGUACCGCUCGCAGGACCCCCUCAUCAGCCAGAUGUGGCCGGAGGGUGCGCAAGAUAUCGCCAAGACGACGAAACGUCCCUUGACUGCCGGUACACUGUUUCAGAAGUCGAUGGCCGAGCUGGUUGCGACGCUACUGCGCAAAGAGCCACUGUACGUGCGGUGCGUCAAACCGAACGAUAUCAAGAGCCCAACGGUGUUCGAUGACGUACGGGUCGAGCACCAGGUGCGCUAUCUGGGGCUGCUCGAAAACGUCCGUGUCCGACGGGCAGGGUUCGUGCACCGGCAGCGGUAUGAUAAGUUUCUGCUGCGCUACAAGAUGAUUUCACAGUACACCUGGCCCAACUUUCGCGGCGGCAACGAUCGGGACGGUGUGAAGGUGUUGAUGAACGAGAAAAACUUCAGCCACGAUGUACGGUUCGGGCGGACGAAGAUCUUCAUUCGUUCGCCCCAGACACUGUUUGCCCUCGAGCAGCAGCGAAACGACAUGAUGCCACACAUUGUGACGCUUCUGCAAAAGCAGGUCCGUGGGUGGAUCGCACGGCAGAAGUAUCGACGGAUGAAGGCCGCUCUCGUCAUCAUGCGCCAUUACCGGAAGUACAAGCUGAAGAGCUACGUCCAAGAUUUGGCUGUGCGAUUCCGGAAUGCGCGCACGUUACGAGACUACGGACGGGGAAUACAGUGGCCACAGCCUCCGCUUGUCGGUCGGCAAGCGGAACGGCAGCUGCGAAUGCUGUUCUCACGCUGGCGGGCGGCCAUGAUACUACGCAAGUAUCCGCGCGACGAGUGGCCGCAGCUGCGUCUGCAAAUCAUCGCCGCCAGUGCGUUCCGCAAGCGGCGCAAAUUCUGGGGUCACGAUCGCAAGUGGCUCGGUAACUACCUUUCGAUCGUGGCGGAAAACAGCAACUACUCGUCGUACAAUGCGAGUGUGCGGAACAUUAAAAACACCGAUCACUUCGACACUAUCGUGUUUUCAGCGUUUGUCAAAAAGUUCAACAAAUGCAACAAAUCUGCCGAUCGGGCGAUCAUCGUCACCGACAGCAGCAUUUACAAGCUCGAUGGUCCGAAGAACAAGUUCCGCAACAUGAAACGUACCGUCGCCAUUAAAGAGAUUACCUCGAUAAGUGUCAGCCCGGGGCGGGAUCAGCUGGCAGUGUUUCACUCGCAUCAUAACAACGAUCUUAUCGUGGCGCUCCAAGGUGAACACCAACCGCUGAAGGAGGAUCGUAUUGGGGAGCUGGUGGCGCACGUCGUAAGGCGACAUUUUGCGCUCUGUCAGCAGGAACUUGCAGUAAAUGUGGCACCUUCGUUUCCGCUGCGUCUGGGAAACAAAUCGCGCUCGAUGAACAUUGAGGCAGCCGUCGGUCAAGAGAUGGCAGAAUUCACUUAUGCGGGCACCUUCAUCGUCUACAAGGUGCCGCCGGCCUACGCUAGCCCGCUGGAAUCAGGGGAAGUGGCGCCGAACACGUUACCACGACGCUACUAAUUAGGGAGUAUCGAAGGGGGGAGGAUAAAGCAGAAACGCAAGUGCCAUUCUGGAGUAGGUGAAAGCCGCUUUCCAACGUCGAAAUGGUUCAUGGAUUUCAGCUACCGGUGCCGGUUGCCUACGACCUUCCGUAUGGCGAAGCGGACGAUCGAGAGUGGCGGCUGUGCACUCAGCAACAACUAUAUGUGAUAAAGGAACAGUACUUUUGUGAGUAUUCUCACGCCAAUUUGCAUACGCGCGCGCCAUCGUCGUCGUGGUGCAACCUUUGCAGUAUCGUCAUUUGUUUCCUUUCCUUGUUGUUUAGUUUAGCCUUUCUUUUUAUAGCUUUUUGCUACUGGUAGGGUGGUGUUUUUGGUAGUGCUGAAAAUUUUAGUUUUUUGUUUUCUGUUCGUUUUUCCUGCAUUUGAUUCCAAUAAGUUUGCAGGGCGACUGCAGGUACUUUUUCAGCGAAUUGCAAUAGACCGAAGGUGCCUUUUUUACAACAGAGUUUUUCACAGAAAAAGAGUAAAAAGUAGUGGCCAAAAACUAAACUUCUGCAGAAAGAACUGUCCCUUUUCAAAGCGAUAGGCAAUGCAAUAAAUAAGUACUUGAGGAUUAGGAGACGCGCGGUUAGUUUUGGGGGUAACGAAACGAAAGUUUUUCUACGAUUUAUGGCAAAUAACGUACAAUCACUAAUGUAUGUGUACACUGUAUUUUACCCGGAAAAUAAACCAUUUUAUUUAAAU